CAGGAAGAACAUUUCUGUUAACCAACACUAAGGACAAAACAGUGAACCUGAAGUGUGCGUCUUCACAGUAAAAGGAUUAGAACAGAGGAUGGCUGAAAUCGUUCACACUGGGAUUAGACUGCUGCUGCUGCUGUUAAAUGUAUCUACAACAAGUGUUAGUGGAGAACAUGGCCUGACUUUUCCUGGACGCCGUUACAAGAUCAUAUAUCCAUGUGAACAAGAUGUGGUUUGCUUUCAUGUUUGGCAGUUCAGCUCAGAGGAAACACUUGAUUACAUCGCCAUAGUCAGUAAAGGAGAAAUCCAGACAGAUCCAACAUUAGAGGACAAGGACUCACAAUGCACUUUGCAGAUCAAUGAUCCCACAGCAGAGGAUGUUGGACGUCAUCACUGCAAACGAAGGCUGAGCGUCUUAUUUCCUUACACGACACUCUCAGCAGGCCCACAGGUAAACCUCACACCUGGUAAAGCAGCAUCCCUGCAGUGUAUCCUCCUCACUUACGUACAGCAGGGACACUGCUACACACAGCUGCUACAACAACAUGUCAGCCUGAUGUGGGUGGAUGAAGCCGGUGAUGAGAUACAAAGAGACUCACAGCACCAGAUAGAACAGGAGUCUGAAUGUGAUACAACCCUCACUGUCACUUUUCACAGUCCUGUAAAAAAGACGUUCAGGUGCCAGGCGACUGUGGGAGAUCAAUCCCUAACUUCAGUGGCGUUUCGUGUCAGAGUCCCAGAUCCUAAAGGAAAAGGAAGAGUAUACGUGAAAGACCUAGAACCUCAAAGUCCAGGCAGCAGCCAGGACACAGUCGGCCUCACUGUGGGGUUGGUUGGAUGUGCCGUUUUGUCAGUGCUUGUAGCAGUGUACGUUGUGCACAAAAGAAGAAGAAGCCAGCAGCUGCCUGAGGAGUCUUGUUACACAAACAAUGUAAGUACAUUUUACUUGAAAUAAAAACACAGAGCUAAAUAUCUUUAGUUUUUAACCAUUUAACGUGCAUUUGUUUGUGUGUUUUUUUUUUGUUAGGUAGUAAAUGAAGAUGAUGUGGUCUAUGCUGAAAUCACGCUUCCUGUUGGUUCUGAGAGAGUUUUUGUCCAUGAGUGUGAGUCCACUGAGUACGCUUGUGUCCAAUAUAAAUAGUUUGCUUUACCAAAUGAAAAUGACACUGUAAUGAUUUAGUUGUCCAUGUGCGCUCCAACCGUGUGCAAUGUUUUAUAUUAUUAAAUCCCCAUUCCUGUAGCUGUUGUUGAAACUUAAGGUCCUAACAGGUAUUAUGCUCUCUGACUUGUUUCUACCAUUUCACAUUUCAAACAAAAAUGUAUCAAGUGUUUUUAUAGUCUACCUCAGUCCAUUGUGUAUUUACUGAAUUCAGCAUUGAUGCUCAUUUAUGAUUUUUUUUUCAAACCUGUACAAUGUCUUAAGAUAUGCACUGCUUUCAUAAAAUAUAAUAAAGCAGAAGUUGUUGAGAGAA